AUGUCCGGGCGCGAGGUCCGCGAGUACACCAAUCUCAGCGACCCCAAAGACAGGAAGUUUGGGAAAGGGAAGGACAAGAUCGACGAUGAGGACAUCACCUUCCAGCGCAUGGUUGCAAAGAUGCAAGAGGUUGCUGGUGAGAGGGGAGGCUACCUUCAUGGGCGAGGAGCAUUGGACAGCGAUGAUUUGCUUUACCUGAAAGAGCAAAUGGAAGCCGAGGAAGAUGCCGAGCGUCUUCUUCGUCCAAUUUUAGCUGAUUCUACACCUGCUGUCCCUGUGGCUCUUCGUGUUGAACCUAAACCUAAAAGUGAUAUAAGGCAACAAGAUCUUUUGAAGAACAUUGUUGGGAUCAAGCCAAAGCGACCAAAAGUUAGCAGCCCUUCACAGCCAACAUAUAGCAAUAAGCUUAAGCAUGGGGAAGAAGAUUCUGUCAGCGAGUUGUCUUCAUCGCAGAAUCAGUCGGGACUACUUGUGGGCGAGAAGGGAUCAUCUCAUGGGACUGUGAAUCCUGACCACACAGCGCCAAGGCUUGAAAAAACAAGAGAGGUGAAGCAACAGAACACAGCUGGAAGUUUGCUUGGUUUAGCCUAUGAGAGUUCGGACGAAGAAUAG